AUGGACUGUGGUAUAAGGACAUCUAGGCCAAGGAUCAAAAGAGUCUUUGACGAUGGUCGCUGUGUUGUACAAUGCCCCAGAGGAAAGUUUGAAUUCAAAGGACAAUGUCAUGUGUGCCAUCAUACCUGCUUGGAUUGCAGUGGAAGUGAACCUAACAAAUGCACCUCUUGUGGAACAGACAGAAGAGGGACUGAACGUUUCCUGUAUCGUGGGGAGUGCAGAGAGAGCUGUCCUCCAGGUCACUACCAUGCAGAGCAUACCUGUAUGCCUUGUUCCAGCCACUGUGAGGUGUGCCUGAACUCCAGCCACUGCAAAAGAUGUUUCAGAGGCUACUACCUUACUCAAAAUAUGUGUCAGAAGCAUAGUUGUAGAGAAGGUGAAGUGGAAGAUCCUGACUCUGAAGACUGCAUACCAUGUUCAGAUGGAUGUCAGAAAUGCAAAGAGGAUGAUCCAAGAAUCUGUAUAACAUGCAUUCAGAACUAUUAUAUGUAUAAGCAACAUUGCUAUAAAUACUGUCCAGAAAACACCUACAGAGACGAAGGUUCUCUGCAGUGUAGAGAUUGUCCUAGCAACUGUGAUAGCUGUGACAAGGACAAGUGUGACUCCUGUGAGGAAGGCUUUUAUCUCUCAGGUGGCACGUGUGUGAGUGAGUGUGGAGAUGGCUUCUUCACCGAUGACAUCUCUAGAGAAUGCGAACCUUGCCACAAGAGCUGUGCAACCUGUGUUGGGUACAGUUAUGAGAACUGUACUGGGUGCAAAAAUGGUUUCCAACUAUCUCGUGGGCAGUGCCUGAAUCCAAGAAAUUCUCAAUCAGUGGGAAAGUUCUGGAGCCAUGCAAAAAGAAAAUUGCUAUCUUGUGACUCUUCAUGUAGGACCUGUGAGAAAUCUGCUGAUAAGUGUACUACAUGUCCAGAAGGAAAAUUUCUUAUCCAUGAUACCUGUGUUUCUCUGUGUCCUCAAAAAACUUUUGGCAACACUGCAAGCGGAAAGUGUGAGAAGUGUAGGGAUGGCUGUGAGGUAUGUUCCGACCAAUGGCAUUGUCAGAAGUGUCAGGCUGAACAGGACCAGCUUCUCUUCCUCCACAAUAGCAGAUGUUUACCAGAGUGCCCUGAGGGAUAUUUUAAUGAUUCUGAGACUUGCAAGGAAUGCAGCGGAUCCUGUAAGACAUGCAUAGGAAAUGCAACCAAAUGCCUGUCCUGUGAAAGCCCUUUGCUUUUAGAGCACUGGAAAUGUAAACCUACCUGUUCAGAGAAUCAUUUUGCCUCUGAAGGAAUCUGCAAACGCUGCCCUGAAAUGUGUCAGGAAUGUAUUCACAAUGAAAUAUGCAAAGAGUGUAUGGACCAGUUCUUCCUGCACGAGGGAAAGUGUGUGCAGGAAUGCCCUUCACACUUCUAUGCUGAAGACAAGCACUGCUUUCCCUGCCAUGCCGACUGCAAGGAUUGCAAUGGGCCAGAUUCCGACGACUGCACAGCGUGCACUUUCAGCUUGUUUGUCCUCUACAAUGGCAUGUGUUUUGAAGAGUGCCCUGAAGGGAGUUACUAUGAAGAAGCCACUGGAGACUGUCAAGCAUGCAACAGGACAUGCCAGACUUGUUCUUCUUCCGCUGCCUGCCUUACUUGCAGAAAUGGCCUGAUACUUAACAGUGAUGGGCACUGUAUGGUAUCUGGGUACUGCUCUCCCACUGAGUUCUACGCUGAGGAAACUCAGACUUGCAAGCCUUGUCACAGGAAAUGCUUCCACUGCUCAGGACCCACUGAACAUCAGUGUCUUAGCUGUGCGAAUAACCAUUAUCUUCUCAAUACAACCUGUGUUGAAACAUGCCCAGAUGGAUAUUAUGCUGAUAAUGAUGAGGGGCAGUGUUCUGCAUGUCACAGUGCCUGUGUCACUUGCACUGGAAAAUACAGCUCACAGUGCCUUUCCUGCAAACCGGGUUGGUACAAACAAGGAAACGGAUGUGUAAACCAGUGUCCAUCAGGGUAUUUUGCACAAAAUUCCACUGGAUUAUGUGAGAGAUGCCACAAGAGUUGUAAGGAAUGUAUGGGGCCUCAGCCCACAGAUUGUCUUUUAUGUGAUACAUAUUUCUACCUGUUGCACUCCAAGAAUGAAUGUGUUAGCUCUUGUCCUCAGUACUACUACGAAAACAAGGACAACAAUGUCUGUGAAAGAUGCCACCCUUCCUGUCUAACUUGUGAAGGGAAGGGAGCAUUCAGCUGCACAUCUUGCGUAUGGAGCUACACUUUAUUAGGUGGAAUUUGCAGCUCGGACUGUUUUGUAGGUGAAUACAAAGUCCAGGAGACACCAGGACAAGAGGAGGAUGAACCCAAGUGUGAGAAAUGCGACAGCUCAUGCACUGAGUGCAAAGGACCUGGUCCUCUCAACUGCACAGUCUGUCCAGCCAGCAUGCAGCUCUACCUAGAGGAAAGCCGCUGCCUGCCCUGCUGCAGUGACUCUGAUCCAGCAGGCAACACGGAGUGCUGUGACUGCAGUGAAACACAAGAUGACUGUGUAUUACAGACCACUGUAUCCCCCAAGAGAAAAACAAAAACUGCUUUCUUUGUUAUCACCUGCAUUUUGCUUCUCCUUGUCAUCGGAGCCAUUGUAUUCAUCUGGAGACGAUCAAGAGCCAAAACCCAGGCUGUCAAUAAAGGUGGGUAUGAAAAACUGACAAAUCACUCCAAAACCUUUCCUUCCUCUGUGAGCAACUACCACAAGAGUACCAGUUACCAGGAGGAUCAAGUGAUUGAGUACCGAGAUAGAGAUAAUGAGGAUGAUGAUGAUGAAGAAGAUGACAUUGUAUACAUGAGCCAGGAUGGCACAAUCUAUCGCAAAUUUAAAUAUGGACUUUUGGAGGAUGACGAGGAAGAUGAACUUGAAUAUGAUGAUGAAAGUUAUUCAUUUAGAUAACUUUUUACUAACUUACUAAUAGUAAAUUGGUCCUGCUCUGUUGCUUUUCCUAUGAAAUUACAGCAGUUUAGUUAAGGAUGUUUAGUUACUUGCGAGCAUGCUGACCUCCAAAUUUUUUGCUAAUAGUUAUUGUGAGAGCAGAAUGGUUUCUAAAAGCUUUGCAUAAAUGCUUUCUAGACUUUUAAGUAGCUCUCCAGAUAUAGUCUGGUUAAGAGAUUAUGUUUCUGUGCAUUUGUGUGGAGAAUAAUUCCUUUCCCAAUAUGUAUUUGUGUGCAUUAUAAAUAAUACAAACUUUGUUUCAAACCAUGCACAUACACUUAAUAAGAACCUUGCCAAUCACUACCAGAAAUGUGAUAAGCAAAAUGAAUGUAUAUAUUUUAUGAAUGCCACUGGGAUAGGGUGACAGUAGUUUACUGCUUUGUGAUUAUAGUUACUCAGCAAUUCAUGAUAGAGUAGGCAACUUGGCUGACUUUACCUAGAUUUUCUUCACUGGUGUCACCUGGUGCAUCUGUGUUCCCUGAAGCCAACACACUUCUCUUUAUAAUCUUUAUAGUUUACUCUCCAGGGAAUUUAGGCAUCUAUGAUGUGAAGUUUUAAGAUUUCUGAUUGUGACUACUCCUCAUAACUAUAUUGUAUUCACAGUUUGUGUGAAAUAUAACUAAAAUAUUUUAUAUACCAGCCUCUGAUUAGUAUUUAUUGCGUUUGUCAAAUAAUCUUUCAUUGUACUGGAUUUACCACAAAGGGGAGUAUUGUUAGUAAGCAUGGCACAUACACAUAAGUGCCCCAAGCAGCUUUUCUAUUUCUAUUAUAAAUGGCUCAGGGUGUUCAGAAAGGGGAUAUUUAGCACUUAUUUGAUAACUUAAAAGAACACCGAAAUAAGAUUUUUAAUUAUUAUUAUUAUGAUAAAACAUAAUUUUAAAGAAAAGUAUGCUUUGUGGCUCUAUGUUGUGAAAGA